CCAUAAGCUAGGAGCAGUAAGUAAGUAAGUAAGGAACACCAUAGUGUAGUAGGAGACAUAGAGAGCUCAACCAUCCUCUUUUCAUACUUAUAUACAUACAUACAUACAUAUUUAUUUAUUUGGCUCCUUAUAUGGUUUGGGGUUAGAGGCUACCCCCAAUCAUCAAACCCUCCUCGCUGCCACCAUGUCCCAUUGUAGCAUUUACCCUCCUCCUCGCCACUACUCCGUGGCGCAUCACAGGAAGUUUUUAGGAGGGCGACGACUGCAUUGACACCGGGAUUGCGCAAGAGGGGCGAGAGCGAGAGAGAGAGCGCGAGAGAAUGACCACUACGUAGGUCUGGAGGAAGGGAUAGGAGAAGAAGGGGGAGCGUGGCAGUGCUGCUUUGCUCGUUUGCGGUGUGGUUUCGGGACAGAGGGCGCUUGUGCUGUGUUCCAGGGUAGGGCGCUUCAGCGUUCGUGAGAUGGCUUAGAGUAUGGUUUGAUAGGAUGAUGCCUGGAGGCGUAGCGCAGCUUGCGUGCCGAAUGAUGGCGAGGAGGACUAGGCCAGUGUGCGAGUGGAAUUGCAGAGACAGGGCGUAGGGGUGCGGGUGGGAGAUGCAGAGGAGGCUGGUUGGAAGGGUAGGUGGUGUGACCAGAGGAGCAAUGAUACGUGCUUGUGCAGAGAGGGUGCGUGUUUUGUGAUGUGAGGUUGUGACGGUGCAUACAUAGUGAGCAUGAUGCCGGGAGUGGAUAGGGGUGUGAGGGACAGCCGAUGGCACGGGGUCGUAGUGGUCCUUGGUGAUUGCCAGCGUUAGAAGUCGGCGGUUUUUUUGGAGUGGGAGGGAUGUGGGUUGGUUGCUGGACGUUCCAACUUGAUGGUCUGCAAGGGGAGAAGCGGAGGGCUUCUUCUGUAUCCACAGGAAAGGAGGUUACGCCGACGCCCAAAAAGAACUCGGGAAAGUGGAUGUUGGUUCACGGUCCAUGAGAAAGUGUGGAAACUCCAGCGUUGGUGGUGUGUGGGCCAGGAAGAUAGCAUAUUACUUUGCGGGUGGGCUCUGCAGCGAGCGAAAGGCGGUUCCAAUGUGUGCGCAUGGGCGCUUUGUUUCAGAGGAUUAACGUGGUCGGGAAGGGCAGAUGUAUAGCCCUGGCAGGGGUGAUGCCCGUGCAACCGCACUGCCCAAUGCUCGCGACUCGUCGACUUCCAUGCCUAUCGAUCAUUCAUCAGCGUGGCAGAGAGAGCCUUACAACAGGGACGUGAGGUUAGAUAGAGGAGAUAGGGAGAGGACUAUUGGAGGGAAAAGAGAGUGGAACUCUGACAGGGCUUCACCAGGAGCACCCUACCAAAGAGGUUUCGGUGGGUUGCACCCUGUGAACGGCUAUCUUGGCCCUCCAAGCAAGCGUCGGCUGAAUGGACGACAUAUUGGUUUUCACGCCGGAAAUGGGCGUUAUGGGUCGGCAGGGCAACGAGGAGAGCCUUCUUUUGGUUCUUUUGUUCCUCUGGAGAACGGGUUGGCACCCAAAUUUGAACAAGAGUCCUUUUAUCUAGGAUCGGGACGUCCCGUAGUAAAUACGGGUUUUAGUAGUGGUCCUGGUCUGGAUUACCGCUCGAAGGAACUGGGCGAGAGGCAAAGAAAGGGAUCGUUUCUGACGUCGGGAGAUGGCAGGGAUGGGGGUAGUUCUGGCGUGAAUGUGCAGCACGUGCGACUAUAUCCUUCUCAAGUUCUGACCGAGGUAGAGAACACUUCGUGGGAGAGGGAAAGACCCAAGGGGCAGGAUGGCAAUGGUUGGGAGUCGUCUCAGAGGUCUGAAAGGGAACACCGUGAGAGGUUGUUGGGAAAGGCGGAGUCUUUCAGCAGACGGGAGGGCAGGUUUUCUCAAUUUGAGGAAGGAAGGGAGCGAUCCCAAGUGGAUAAGGAUUCAGAUGGAAGUAAGCUCGACAGAUGUGGAAGCAGUAGCUGGGACAGGUGCUCCGGUGAUACGAUGUGUGGAAGCAAGGUGUCCGCUAAUGGGUUCGACUGGAGGCGCAAGGAGAGAUCCACUUCCGUCAGUGCAUCACGAAACGCAAGUAAUGGAUGCUCGAAGGAGUCAGUGGUUAGGCCUCCGGUGUUGGAUGUGUCUGGCAGUCCAUCUUCCCCACAACUUUCCCUACGUUCGACACCGUCAGCGUUAGUUGAGGUGAGCCGUGACGAUGGAAAUCAUCCUUCUCCUGCAAAACGGCCUCGGCUGGGUUGGGGCCAAGGUCUUGCAAAAUAUGAGAAGAAGAAUGAGGUUGUGGAAACGGACGACAUUUUUGUCUCUGGUUCGGUGGAUAGUGCGUCUGGAAGCAAAAGAUCGAGCGUCACCGCUGUAUCUGGUGUGAAAACCGAAGUGGUACAGAUGCUGGGGUUGCAGGCGGCAGAGGAAAGCUCCGUCUCUGUUAUAUCAAAAUUGUCUACAUUGCCCUUGCCGAAGGUGUCUAGUUCACCGUUACAGAAGGCACUGGAAACAGGUGUGUCGAAGUCGAGUGUGGAGAGUCGAGCAGUUGAGGAGGUGUUAGGUAAGGCCUGUGAGAUGGUGGCAGAUGAAGCAGUAAGGUCCUCUUCGAACUUUACCACUCCUGGCGUUCGGGCGGAGGAUUUGGUGAAGACAGCUGAUGUGUGUGCGUUGACGGAGUGUAGCUUGGAACUGAGCGUGAGGCAGUCUUAUUCCUGGGAGCCUGUAGAGAAGCCCACUGCUUGGAAAGAGUCUAACAGCUGCCAAGCCUCGCCAACAGUUCCAUGCUCAGUUGAACAAUGCUGUGGUGUGGAGGUGACUCAGGAAGUCUGUUCGACUGGAGAUACGACUUGGUGGUCCAAAGAGGAUAUACUGCAGAGAGUCGAGAAACUCGAGUCUGAGAUCGAGCAGGUGGAAAGAGAAUUAUCCACUUCGAAAAGAUUCGGGAGCUUACGAAAUGAUACACAUAUGCCAGUUCCUGAAAUAUUUGAGAAUUCAGCGAAUGCAGAUCUCGGAACGAAGCUGGAGCCUGGGGAUUAUGGUCCCCAGGUCUUGGCUGACAACGCAGUGAGUUCGCAUGCGGGCUCUAUGGAGUGUCGAGAUAGUUCCCAGCUGAUCCUUGUUAGUUUUCCAAAUCGGAUUUGCUCAGUUUCUGCCGAGUGCAUUUCACACAGUGUUUCAAGCCUUGAAACCGGAGCUGCUGUGGGAGCGGGCCCCCCUAUGUGCAACCAAGCGAUGGGGAGCAAGCACAGGAACAUGGAGAAUGAAGUACUAGUUAUGGAGGAAUGGCAGUCGCAUGAAGGGGAAAAGGAAGCGACGUCUGAUCAGACGAUGGUUGAAUCCGAGGGUGAGGGGAGCCUAGUGUCUAGUCCAAGUGCAGAAGUCUAUUUGCCACACAUGACGCUCAGAGAACGGGCGGGUGUGGAGGUGCGGGUGUCGAAGUCGGCGAUUGCAAAGAUGGAAUCGUCAGAUGCAGCGAUGGUAGUGGGCGAUGUUGAGGCGGUUGCGAGGGGUUUGAUAGGGGAGAAUAAGGACCAAGCUCGGCAUGCAUCUGAGGCAUUUUUGCACCUUCUGAGCCAGGGAGGUCGUGGAGAAGGAAAGGUGUACAGCUGUCCUGUCGAAGCACCUGUGUGGAAAGAGAACGUCGAAAGGCACGUUCGGAACCAGGAGAAGAUGUUGGAGAAGAUAGCAGAGCGACGGCAAUCCGCGAGGUUUGUGGAGCAAGUGCUGACGAUUAAGUUUCGAGCACUGAAAGAUGCUUGGAGGCAGGAACAGUUUGGGACGAGCCAGCAGCAGAGAGGUACAAAGCCUGUGCGCAGGUGGGAGGCGGAGAAGCGGGGCGGGACUGCAGGUUGCCAUCGGUCAUCUCUGCGAUUGAGACCCGUCCAAGCAGGUGGCGGGAAGCUGGAAGCUCAAUCUGAAGAGUCCAUGAAGAGGGUGAUGGUGGAACCGGUGGUGGGUCCGCUGAGGCCAGCGUUGAAGAUGCCGGCAAUGAUCCUGGGCGAGAGGGAGCGAUUGGCUCGCAGAUUCGAGAGCAACAAUGCGCUGGUGGAGGAUCCAGUCCGGGUGGAGUCGGAGCGGAAGAGCAUGAAUCCUUGGUCGGCGGAAGAGAGGAGGGUGUUUUUGGAGAAGUUUGCGGUUUAUAACAAGAACUUCAGCAAGAUUGCGUCCCACUUGGAGUACAAGACGACUGCAGACUGCGUAGAGUUCUACUGUCGGAACCAGAAGUCGGAGGAUUUUGAAAAGAUUAGGCGGAGGCAGCAGCUGCAAAAAAGGCGGGAUUGUUCGCGGUUGGGCGGAUCGUUCCUGUCGACAGGGUUGCAGCCGAACAGCCGGCAAAGAGAGGCAAACAUUGACGCACGGAGCGAAGGCUGGAACAUGCAGACGUCGGGUGCUGUUUCGACGGUUUGUCAGAUCACAGUGGGUGCGAAAGCCGCGAGGAGCAGCACACAUCACAAACCCUUGGAGCGUCAGCGGACGAGCUCGUCGUUGGAUCCCGGUAGCCUACCUGCAGUUGUUGAGAUUGCGAAGUCCACGAGCGGCAAGGAAAGCAGGCCGUCUGGAAUACCGCCAUUGCCGAGCGGCGCAGCGGGUUCUGGAACGACGGGGUCUUGCAGUUUAAGCUCCGCAACCGCAGCUUCUGUGAAGGUCAGCCGAGAAAGAACGUCGGUGAAGUCGAACUGGAACGGAGGUUCAGCGGUUGCAAGGAGCGGGACGAAAGAGCAGCAGAUGUCUGGACCGAAGGGUGCGCGGAGCGUAAACAUUCGACGGGGUUUGACGACGUCUGCCGGGGAAGAGACUGAUGCGCAAUGGACAGACAAGGAGCGGGAGCUAUUUACAGAAGCCGUAAGAUUGUUUCGAAGAGAUUUUGAGAGCAUUGCUGCCCACGUUGGAUCAACGAAGAGUGAAGGUCAGUGUAAGUCAUUUUUCAGCAAGACCCGGAAGCGCCUAAGGCUGGACCAGCUGGUGGAGAAGCACCAGGCUGCUCUGAACUUUAGCGCGGAUGCAGCAGUUGCAGAGAGCCCAGAAUGUAUUGACGUACAGAUGGAGGAAGUGCCGGGUGCAGCAGCCGAGGUCGUGCUGGUGGCUAGCCUGGAAGCGAACAUUUAUCCUUCUUUGGGAGAGGAAAAGGUUUGGAAUGAAGCAACUGAGAGCGGUAAGGUGGAGGAGGUUGCAAACGACGUGAGCAUUCAAGCGACGGAAGCAGUAGAGGCGGAGAUGUGUGAGGAUAUCGCAGCUGAGAAGACAGUGGAGGAGGAAUCAUGUGAGGAUGUAGUCGUUGCGAAGGCAGUGGAGGAGGGAUUAUGUGAAGGUGUAGCAAUCGAGAGGGCUGGGAAGGAGGAAAUAUUUGACAAUGCAGCAGUCCAUAAGGCAGUGGAGGAGGUAUUAUCUGAGGACGUUAAAGUUGAGAUGGCAGUGAAGGAGGAAACAGUGGAGGAUGUAGCAAUUGUGAUGGCAGUAGAGGAUGCAUUAUCUGAAGUUGUCUCAGAUGAGAAGGCAGUGGAGGAGGUAUUAUCUGAAGAUCUCUUAGAUGAGAAGGCAAUGGAGGAUGGAAGUAUUGAGGAGAAGGCAGGGGAGGAUGGAAGUAUUGAGGAGAAGGCAGGGGAGGAUGGGAGCGUUGAGGUGAAGACAGUAGAGAAUGAGGGCGUUGUUCGAAAGGCAGUGGAGCAUGGAGCUGUCAAGGAUGUGGUUGUGGACGACGAAACCGUGGAUGAUGUAGCAGAGGAGGGUGUAGUGGGCGUCAUCGAAGUAGUGGAGACUGUCGACUUUGUUGGUGUGUCAAUGGACCUGACAGUCGAGAGUGCUGUUUGUCCGCUAGAAAGCCCAGACAUUGUGGAGAACUUGGAGAAGGCAGAAGCUGAUGUGGGCGCUGGAGCUUGUUCCAUGAAUGAGUGUGAUACAGGAGAGGCGGAGGACGUAGUUGCCGCGUGUAUAAAGGCUGAGCCAGUUGUUGUGGAUGAAGGAGUAGUCUCAGAGCCUUUGACAGUCGAUGCGGGUGAGGAGUUACCUGCAGGCAAUAGUUCAGGGAGCUCAGCAGAUUGUGGGAUGCAGGAGGAGGGAGAUGCGGUGGAAGUUGCUAAGGGUGCAGAAAGCGUGGUGGAAUCUGUAAAGAGGGAAGUGGAUGCAGGUGACGACAAGGGUCUUGGUACGGUGGUAGCAACAAGCAUCCUUGCAUCAGAGGAGCAGAUAGUGGAGGCGAGUGGCGCUGUGGAUGUGAAGCAUCAGGCAGGGUCACCUCAGAUGGCAGUAUCCACAGGCACAGAAUCGGGUUCUUGUGCAAUUGGAGCAGAGGGCGCGUGCCAUUCAGGUAAGGCUGCAUAUGCAACAACGUCGUCGAUGCACGGUAGUCAACAAUGUCGGGAGAAAAGUGGUAGGGUUGGAAGCGGAGAAGCAAAGUCUAGGAGAGAGCCGACGUCUUGGACUCAGGAGGAGAAAGAGGUAUUUGCGGACAUCAUACGAAACCAUGGGAAGGACUGGACGAGACUGCACGAGUGUUUGCCGACGAAGUCUCUAACGCAGAUCAAGACGUACUUUCAGAAUUCGAAGGCAAAACUGGGGCUUGUGAAUUCGGAGGGCGUGAGUGUAGGCGGAGGAAGGGGGUCCGGAAGCCGGAAGAGGAAAGCCGAGGAGGUGGACAACAUGAGCAACAAUGUGGGUUGUGUGAACGGAAGAAUCGAGUCGAAGUGUGGGUCUGUGAGUGGAGGUGAUGUGGAUGGCGGUGGUCAGAAGGUGAAAGGUGGGAUGGGCGAUCCUCCAAGCAUGAGCGUAAGCGCGGGUAUGGGGACGAUUCCGGUGGGGCUGGAGGGCCUGGCGUACCCAUUUUUUGGUCAGCGGGUGGAAGACCAGAUGGCGUUGCACCAGUUUAUACGGCAGUUGCAGUUGUGUAACCCGAACGGGUUUCCGCAGAACAUCCCGCCAAUGCUACAUCCGUUACUGCAGCAACAGGGGUUGGGAGUGUUUCCGGACCCAGGGCUGCAAAGAGCAGGACCUCCGAAUUUGCAGCAGCAGUUUGCAGCGUCUAUGUCUCAAAAGACGUCACAGUCGAUGGGGCUACAGCUGGCGUUGCAAGGGCCGGGAGUGGGUCAGCAAAGCGGUGCGGUAGAUCUUCACCAGCAAGGGGCGCAUCAAUUGCUGAACUCACAGGCGGCCCGAAGUCAACAGCAGCUACUGGCAAACAUGAUGCAACAACAAGCGGCAGCACAACUUCAGCAACAGCAGCAUCCGUGCAGCAAGAGUGUGGUUCAUUCUCUUCAGCAGGCGGUGUUACUUCAACCUGGUCAAGUUGCCCAGCGUCAGCAGCAGCAGCUGAUGAGUCCACAGGUGGUUCAUCAUUCUCAAGCACAUCAAGCUGGCGGUCAGCAUCAGCAGUAUCAGGCGUUACUACAGCAUCAGCAGUUUCAGCAAACCGUUCAACAUUUUCAGCAGCAACAAGAUCACGUUCAAGCUCAGGCUCUUAUUCAUCAACAUCAUAGCUCCCACGCCCCUUUACCCCCGUCGCUGGUGUCGUCCUCAAAAUCAAUUGCAGUCAUGCCACUGCCUCAACAUCUAUCAAAAAUCCCAUUAGCGCCUGUGUUGCAGCAAGGAAUUGCGGUUCAUGAGGAGCGCAAUGGAGCUGGUGUAACCUCAUCAAGAGUAAAUGAAGGGAGUGCUGGAUCAAGCCACUGUGAAGAUGCUUCGAUCCAGCAGGUGGAGAGUGGAGAGCUUCGGGGAAGCUGCAGUAACGGAGGACCUAGGGGACAAGAUUUCUCAAGAGCUGAAUUCCAUCAACUUAGUGGCGCAGUUCAGAGGGCCCCACCCUCACAAACAGCAGUCCCACUAAGGCCAAGUCCAAUUUCUGCAACAGAGUCCCCGCAAACUCGACCUGGUGAUGUGAAGCUAUUUGGUCAGUCCCUUUUGUCUCAGCCAACUUGCAGCGCGGGACUCCAGAGUGCAGCACGUGCUGCACCUUGCGCCACUGACAAAGUCUCUUUGCAGCAGUCACCUGUUCAUACGAUGACUUUAUCCUCUACAACGGGCACUUCAGUUCCAGCUGCAACAGUAUCUAAAGUGUACGGGAGUGAGACUUCUUUUGGUGGUAUGUCUUCCAUGUCUGAUGGUCGACAAAGUAUAUGGCCUUCACUCGGUAAUCUUGGGAGCAUAGAAACACGGAACAUCGCGAAUGGCAUGCAUCUUCAGGCAGGUCCAUUGUGGAAGUCGAAGGAAAGAGAGUCGAAGCUUCACAACAUGCAGGAAAGCCGCAUGUUUCGAGAAGCCAGAGAUGCUGAACCGGGACAGAGCACACCUACCAACUCUUACAAGCUUCAGCCUCUUGAACAUUCGCGCAAUAUUCAAGAGCAUUCACGAAGCGAGGGUUUUCCCUCAUUGAACAAUCCCGGAUUUUAUUUGAAUGAGCAAGGUGGAGGUGGUGGGUUUUCUGUGUCUUCGGUGGAGGCAUCAAGACCCGAACUCGAGAGAAGAAACGAGAGCUCUUCAAUUGGUUCCAGCGGUUGUGAGAGAGGGCCAUCUACUUGCGGUAGAAGUAGCAGGGGUCAGAUGGACUCGUUUGCUAUGAAAGCAGCCGGAUUAUUAGCCAACGGGCCACAAGUACCGCGGACCAUGAUGAAUUCGUUGAUGGCCGUUGCCGAUUUGCAUCAAAGUCGCAGUUUACUCUCUGGCAUUGGUUCUCCAAGACUCGAGGACCAUCAGUGUGGAAACUUCAUACGGCAAGCUGCUAAUGGUGCCGCAGUCGAUACUUUGAAAGCCGAUGCUAGUGUGGGCCUAGCUGGCCCUUUAGCUGCCCCGCAAGCCCACUUGAGUGGGGGCGAUCUGUUGCAACAGUGUGUGCGGGACAGUGGCAUGUAUUUUACUCAACACUAUUCUCAUCUUGCCGACCACCCGGGUGUAAGCCCUGGCGCUUGGUAUGCUGGAACUGGGCUCAUGCACCCUUCUGAUGUGCAGCGCAUGCUUGUAAAUCCUGCUCUUAAUCCUUUUCUGCUAGGUGCGUUGUCCAGAGCUCCAUCAGCAGCCGAAGAGCAUUUAGGAUCCAUCGAAUCAAGGGAUCCUGACAACGGGGGCAGUGGGCUUCGUUAGUCGCUAGAUGUAGAGCUUUAGAGCCACAAAGAAAGUAGAGUUCAUCUUUUCUUCUUUCCCCCUUGUAUUUCAACCUUUUGUUUAAGCAGGACAGGGCACCGGGCACAUGCCCUUUGUAACAUUACCCCAUAAUUCCUUGAUCACAUUUUGCCCUUUUUGCAAGAGAUAUAGUAAAGAGUUUUGCCAAGCAUUUGUACCGUUUGAAUUGUGAUGCUUUUGAAGA